AGGCGGCGGCGGGCUCUGCGCCUGCGCGCGACCGUAACCGCCCGUCAGCUCACUUCCCCCUCCUCCUCCCCCCUCCCCUCUCCUCCUCCUCAGCUCCCUAGAACGAGACGCCGACAUGGAGCCUGAAGACCUGCCGUGGCCCGGCGAACUGGAGGAGGAGGAGGAGGAGGUGCAGGAGGAGGAGGAGGCGGCCGCGGCGGCGGAGACGGAGGAGGCGGCCAACCUGGACGAGGUCGUGGUGGUGGAGGAGGUGGAGGAAGAGGUGGUGCCGGAGCUGGACUCCGACUUUAACUUCGAGGACCAGCUCCGAGAGAGCACGAACGACUGGGAGGAGGGGGAGGACGAGGAGGACGAGGAGGCCAAGGCCUGGCUGCAGGCGCACCCCGGCCGGAUUCUGCCUCCGCCGCCGCCCCCGAGGCACCGGUACUCCGAGGGCGAGCGGGCCUCUCUGGAGAAGAGAACAGAAUCUUGGCAUUGUCUUCCUCAAGAAAUGGACACACCUCAAACCCUGGAUACAUCCCAGACCAAGUUUAAUGAGCGAGCUGAAAGGACUGAAGUAACAGACUUCCCUUCUCUGGAAGAAGGUGUAUUGACCCAAUUAGACCAUCAAGUCAAGGAACCCAGAAGAAAUCUCUUAUGUUCUCCGUUGCUAGUUAUACAAGAUAGCUUUGCUUCUCCUGAUUUGCCUUUGCUGACAUGUAUGACUCAAGACCAGGAGUUUGGGCCUGAUUCCUUAUUUCACCAAAGUGAUCUAGAUUUUGCACCUCUGAGGGCAAUUCCUGAUAAGUCUGAAGACACUGAAUGGUUUUCUCGACCAUCGGAAGUUCGUGAAGCUUUAUUCCAGGCAACCUCUGAAGUAGCUUCAGACUUAACAGUUAACAGUUGCUUUAGUGUGUCUCAGCAUCCACUUGUAGGUGGCAUAGGUGUUGAUUCUCAGCGCUCUUUUUUACCUCCCGAACAAGGGACUAGUGAGACUAUUUCAUCCGAUACAGUUAAUGAAACAAAAACCCCCAAAGACUCUGACAGUUUUGAUGGUCUUUAUUUAUGGAAGACACAAAAAGAUGUACAGCAACCAGAAAGCAAUUUAGGUGAUAAACAUCAAAGUUCAGUUUCAACUUCAUCUGAUAUAAGUGAUGAAAACAUAACUGGCAAAAGAAAUGAUAGUUUUGAUGCUUCUUGUUCAUAUGGGGAGUAUGAGAAACAGGAAGCUUUACAGCAGGCAGAAACGUAUUUAACCAAGGGCCUGCAGGGAAAGGCUGAGUUGGACGUCAUUACGGAUGAUGAUACCGAAUGCUGUAGCCUAGAUCGAAAUGCUGUUGUGUGCAGUGAAAGUGUCGCUGAACUACAAGGAGAGACCUGUGACCAGUAUGACUUGACUGGUGAGUACACUGACCUGGCAGCUUUAGAACAUGUGCUUGGUGAUCUAGAUAUCUGUGACAGCUCCCUGCACUGGCAACCAUCUCAGGAGGAGAGCAAUUUUGAAGAUCCUGUAAGUUGUUCUAAUCUGGAAAAUUAUCCGUCUUUUUCAUCUAUGUUGCCUUCGUUUGUUCCUCAUGAACCAACUAAAGAACCGGAAUAUCACUCUUCAAAUCUCAGAAUGUUGAGAGUAUCUCUUGACACUGUGCCGAAGACCCUUAAACACGUAGUAGGAGAUACUUCUAAAGGAGGCAUAGCUGAAAUUACUCAAUCCAGUUUGAAAUUAGGCACCAUUACCACUCCUAGAGAUUCAGAUAUUGGAUCUCAUCCUUCUUUGCAUCUUGAAGAUUUGCCUCAGUUGGCUAUCAGUUCUCCUCAAGAGAAUACUACUGAACAGUACCCUGACACUCUCAGGCAGAAAGCUUUGACAGAUAGUCAUCUGACUGGAGAGACUUUGAAAGUCUCAGCCAUUCCUGAACCAGCAGACCAGAAGACUGCAAUAUCAGUUGUACCCUCUAGUUACUACUCACAAAGGGGGAAGCCAGAUGCUUUCUACCAACAGAGCUUGCCAGUUAGCCAUUUUGGUGAAGAGACUCUGAAAGUUUCACUUGUUCCUGGAUCAGCUGACCAGAAGACUGGGGUACCAACUGUAACCUCUACUCCCUACUCACAGAGAGAGACGCCUGGUAUUUUCUACCAACAGACUGUGGCAGGUAGUCACAUACCUGAAGAGGCUCUGAGAGUUUUACCUGUUUCUGGUACAGCUGACCAGAAGACUGGGAUAGCAACUGUAACCUCUACCCCCUACUCACAGAGAGAAAGGCCUGAUAUUUUUUACCAGCAGACUGUGCCAGGUAGUCAUAUACCUGAAGAGGCUCUGAAAGUUUCAGCUGCUCCUAGGCCAGCUGACCCAAAGACUGGGGUACCAACUGUAACCUCUACUCCCUACUCACAGAGAGAGACGCCUGGUAUUUUCUACCAACAGACUGUGGCAGUUAGCCAUUUUGGUGAAGAGACUCUGAAAGUUUCACUUGUUCCUGGAUCAGCUGACCAAAAGACUGGGGUACCAACUGUAACCUCUACUCCCUACUCACAGAGAGAGACGCCUGGUAUUUUCUACCAACAGACUGUGGCAGGUAGUCACAUACCUGAAGAGGCUCUGAGAGUUUUACCUGUUUCUGGUACAGCUGACCAGAAGACUGGGAUAGCAACUGUAACCUCUACCCCCUACUCCCAGAGAGAAAGGCCUGAUAUUUUUUACCAGCAGACUGUGCCAGGUAGUCGUAUACCUGAAGAGGCUCUGAAAGUUUCAGCUGCUCCUGGGCCAGCUGACCCAAAGACUGGGGUACCAACUGUAACCUCUACUCCCUACUCACAGAGAGAGACGCCUGGUAUUUUCUACCAACAGGCUGUGCCAGGUAGUCACAUACCUGAAGAGGCUCUGAGAGUUUUACCUGUUUCUGGUACAGCUGACCAGAAGACUGGGAUAGCAACUGUAACCUCUACCUCCUACUCACAGAGAGAAAGGCCUGAUAUUUUUUACCAGCAGACUGUGCCAGGUAGUCGUAUACCUGAAGAGGCUCUGAAAGUUUCAGCUGCUCCUGGGCCAGCUGACCCAAAGACUGGGGUACCAACUGUAACCUCUACUCCCUACUCACAGAGAGAGACGCCUGGUAUUUUCUACCAACAGACUGUGGCAGGUAGUCACAUACCUGAAGAGGCUCUGAGAGUUUUACCUGUUUCUGGUACAGCUGACCAGAAGACUGGGAUAGCAACUGUAACCUCUACCUCCUACUCACAGAGAGAAAGGCCUGAUAUUUUUUACCAGCAGACUGUGCCAGGUAGUCGUAUACCUGAAGAGGCUCUGAAAGUUUCAGCUGCUCCUGGGCCAGCUGACCCAAAGACUGGGGUACCAACUGUAACCUCUACUCCCUACUCACAGAGAGAAAGGCCUGACAUUUUGUACCAACAGACUGUGCCAGGUAGUCGUAUACCUGAAGAGGGUCUGGUAGUUCCAGCUGCUCCUGGACCAGCUGACCAAAAGACUGGAGUACCAACUGUAACCCCUACUCCCUACUCACCAAGAGGGAAGCCUGGCAUUUUGUACCAAAAGGCUGUGCCAGAUAGUCACAUACCUGAAGAGGCUCUGAGAGUUUUACGUGUUUCUGGUACAGCUGACCAGAAGACUGGGAUAGCAACUGUAACCUCUAUUCCCUACUCACAGAGAGAAAGGCCUGACAUUUUCUACCAACAGACUGUGCCAGGCAGUCAUAUACCUGAAGAGGGUCUGGUAGUUUCAGCUGCUCCUGGACCAGCUGACCAAAAGACUGGAGUACCAACUGUAACCUCUACUUCCUACUCACCAAGAGGGAAGCCUGGCGUUUUCUACCAACAGGCUGUGCCAGAUAGUCAUAUACCUGAAGAGGCUCUGAAAGUUUUAGCUACUUCUGAACUAGUUGAUCAGAAGACUGGAGUACCAACUGUACUCUCUACUCCCUACUCACCAAGAGGGAAGCCUGGCGUUUUCUACCAACAGGCUGUGCCAGAUAGUCAUAUACCUGAAGAGGCUCUGAGAGUUUUACCUGUUUCUGGUACAGCUGACCAAAAGACUGGGAUAGCAACUGUAACCUCUACUCCCUACUCACAGAGAGAAAGGCCUGACAUUUUGUACCAACAGACUGUGCCAGGUAGUCGUAUACCUGAAGAGGCUCUGGAAAUUUUAACUGCUUCCGGACUAGUCGAUCAGAAGACAGGGGUACCAACUGUAACUUCUACUCCCUACUCACCAAGAGGGAAGUCUGGUAUUUUCUACCAACAGGCUGUGCCAGGUAGUCAUCCAAUUGAUGAGGUUCUGAAAGUUUCAGCUGCUCCUGGACUGGCUGACUCAAAGACUGGGGUACCAACUGUAACCUCUACUCCCUACUCACCAAGAGGGAAGCCUGGUGUUUUCUACCAACAGGCUGUGCCAGGUAGUCAUCCAAUUGAUGCGGCUCUGAAAGGUUCAGCUGUUCCUGGACCAGCUGACCCAAAGACUAGGGUACCAACUGUAACUUCUACUCCCUAUUCACCAAGAGAGAAGCCUGGUGUUUUUUACGAGCAGGCCGUGGCAGAUAAUCAUAUACCUGAAGAGGCUCUGAAAGUUUCAUUUGCUCCUGGACCAGCUGAACAAAAAACUGACAUACCAGCUGUAACCUCUAGUCCCUAUUCACAGAAAGAGAAGCCUGAUAUCUUCUACCAACAGGCUGUACCAGGUAGGCAUAUACCUGAAGAAGCUUUGACAGUUUCUGCUGUUUCUGGACUAGCAGACCAGAAGACUGGCAUACCAACGGUAGCUUCUACUUCCUACUCACAUAGAGACAAACCUGGUAUUUUCUACCAGCAGGAGUUGCCAGAGAGUUAUUUAACUGAAGAGGCUCUGAAAGGGUCAGAUGCCUUUGAACCAACUGAACAGAAGACUGGGAUAACGACAGUAUCCCCUAGCUCCUACUCACACGGGCAGAAGCCCCUUAUUUUCUAUCAGCAGGCCUUGCCAAAACAACUAAUUGAUCAGACUCUGAACGUAUCAGCUACUCCUGUACCCACUGGCCAGAAGACUGGAACAGCAAUAACACCCUCCAUAUCCUACUCACAGAGAGACACAUCUAAUGUUUUCUACCAGAAAGAGUUGCGAGAUACCCACCUAACUGAAGAGACAUUGGAAGUUUCAGCUGCUCCUGCACCAGCUGACCAGAAGACUGGGAUAUUAACAGUACUCUCAAAUUACUACUCACAGAGAAAGAAACCUGGUACUUUGUACCAACAAGAAUUGACAGAGAGCCAUCUAACUGAAGAGACAUUGAAAGUUUCAGCUGUUCCUGGAUCAGCUGACCAGAAGACUAAGAUACCUACAGUACCCUCAAGUUACUACUCACCGAGAGAGAAUCCUAGUGUUUACUAUGAAUAUGAAGAGGUGAUACCAUAUAGUUAUGUACCUGAAGAGGAUCUGAUAGUUUCAGCUGCUCCUGGACCAGCUGACCCAAAGACUGAGGUACCAACCAUAACCUCUACUCCCUACUCACCAAGAGGAAAGCCUGGUAUUUUCUACCAACAGACUGUGGCAGGUAGUCAUAUACCUGAAGAGACUCUGAGAGUUUUACCUGUUUCUGGUACAGUUGACAAGAAGACUGGGAUAGCAACUGUAACUUCUACUCCCUACUCACAGAGAGAAAGGCCUGACAUUUUUUACCAGCAGGCUGUGCCAGGUAGUCAUAUACCUGAAGAGGCUCUGAAAGUUUCAGUUGCCCCUGGACCAACUGACCAAAAGACUGGGAUACCAACUGUAACCUCUACUCCCUACUCACCAAGAGGGAAGCCUGGUAUUUUCUACCAACAGGCUGUGCCAGGUAGUCAUCCAAUUGAUGCGGCUCUGAAAGGUUCAGCUGUUCCUGGACCAGCUGACCCAAAGACUAGGGUACCAACUGUAACUUCUACUCCCUAUUCACCAAGAGAGAAGCCUGGUGUUUUUUACGAGCAGGCCGUGGCAGAUAAUCAUAUACCUGAAGAGGCUCUGAAAGUUUCAUUUGCUCCUGGACCAGCUGAACAAAAAACUGACAUACCAGCUGUAACCUCUAGUCCCUAUUCACAGAAAGAGAAGCCUGAUAUCUUCUACCAACAGGCUGUACCAGGUAGUCAUAUACCUGAAGAGGCUCUGAAAGUUUCAGUUGCCCCUGGACCAACUGACCAAAAGACUGGGAUACCAACUGUAACCUCUACUCCCUACUCACCAAGAGGGAAGCCUGGUAUUUUCUACCAACAGACUGUGGCAGGUAGUCAUAUACCUGAGGAGGGUCUGAUAGUUUCAGCUGCUCCUGAACCAGCUGACCAAAAGACUAGGGUACCAACUAUAGCGUCUGCUCCCUAUUCACCAAGGGGGAAGCCUGGUAUUUUCUAUCAGCAGGAGUUGCCAGAGGGUUAUCUAGCUGAAGAAGCUCUGAAUGUUUCAGGUGCUCCUGGACCAGCAGACCAGAAGACUGGGAUAACAACUGUAACCUCUACUUCCUACUCACAGAGAGAGAAACCUGGUACCUUCUAUCAACAGACUGUGCCAGGUAGUUAUGUACCUGAAGAGACUCUGAAAGUUUCAGCUAUUUCAGGACCUGCUAAUCAGAAGACUGGGGUAUCAACUGUAACUUCUACUUCUUAUGCACAGAGGGAGAAACCUGAAAUUUUUUACCAAGAGGUCUUACCAGGUAAUCAUAUACCUAAAGAGGCUUUGAAAGUUUCAGGCUCUCUUGGACCAGCUGAACAGAAGAUUGGGACACAAACAGUAUCGCCUGCUUCCUCUUCACUUGGAGAGGAGUCCAUUGUUUUCUACUCACAGACCUUACCAGAUAAUCAUCUACUUGAAGAGGCUCUGACAAUUUCAGGUGUUUCUGGACCAGCUGACCAGGUGACUGGGAUAGCUGCAGUAUCUUCAAGUUCCUAUUCCCUUGGAGAGAAACCCAUUAUUUUCCACCAACAGCCCUUACCAGGCAGUGCUUUUACUAAAGAGCCUCCAAAAGUUUUAGCUGCUUCUAGACUAGCAGACCAGGAAAUAAGGAUACCAAUAGUGCCCCCUACUUCCUAUUCACCUGGAGAGAAGCCCAUUGUUUUCUACCAACAGGCCUUGCCAGACAGUCAUCUACUUGAAGAGGUACAGAAGGCUUCAGUUGUUCCUGGACCUGCUGACCAGAAGGCCAGGAUACCUACUGCAACCUCUGCUUCCUAUCCACAAAGAGAGAAACCAAUUAUUGCUUACCAGCAAGAGUUUCUAGAUCUUACUGAAGAAGCUUUGAAAGUUUCAAGUGUUCCUGAACCAGGUGACCAGAAGACAGGGAUACGAAUUUUGCCCUCUGUUCCUUACUUAUCGAGAGAGCAAUCCAUCAUUUCUUACCAGCAGGAGUCUCCAGAUCUUACUGAAAUAGCUUUGAAAGCAGUAUACGUUCCUAGACCUGCUGAUCAGAAGACUGCCACACAAAUAGCAUCCUCUAGGUCCCCCUCACAGAGGGAGAAGCCCAUUGUUACCUACCAGCAGGAGUUGCCAAAUAUUACAGAAGAAGCUUUAGAUGUUUUUGUUUUUCCUGGACCAGGUGAAAAGAAGACUGGGAUACCAGCAGUACCUUUAAGUUACUACUCAUAUGGAGAGAAGCCCAGUGUUUUCCCUCAACAAGAGUUGCCAGAUGGCCGUCUCACUGAAGAGGCUCUGAAAGUUUCAGCUGUUUCAGUCCCAGCGGAGCAGAAGACCGAGACAGGGUCUUCUAGUUCCUACUUACAUAGAGAGAAGCCCAGUGAUUUUUAUCAGCAGAUCUUGCCAGAUAGUCAUCUAACUGAAGAGGCUCUGAGAGCUUCAACUGUUCUUGGACUAGCAGGCCUAAAGAAUAAAAUACCUACAGUACCAUCUAGUUCCUACUCACAGAGAGAGAAACUUAAGAUUUCAACUGUAGGUAUACCGGACGACCAGAAAACUGAGUUACCAACAGUUACCCAUAGUUCCUACUUACAGAGAGAGAAGCCCAAGAUUUCAACUGUGAUUGGACCAGAUGACCAUAAGACUCCGUUACUGACAGUUUUUCGUAGUUCCUAUUCAAAAAAGGUAAAGCCCGGUAUUUUGUUUAAACAGCAGUUACCAGGUAGAGAUCAAAGUGAAGAUGUUCUAAAGAUUUCAACUGUUCCUGAACCAACUGAUGUGAAUACUGGGAUACCAGUUCCUCUCUCAAGUUCCUAUUUACCCAGAGAGGAAUCUAAUGUUUUUUAUCAACAGGAAUUACCAGAUAGACAUCUAAAUGAAGAUGUGCUGAAGGUUUCAGAAAUCCCUGGAUUAGCUGAUCAGAAAACGGAGUUACCAACAACUUCUCCUAGUUCCUUUUCACACAGAGAGAAAUCAGAUACUUUUUAUGAAAAGGAUUUGUCAGAUAAACAUCCAACUGAAGAUGCUCUGAAGGUCUCAAGUGGUCUUGGGCGAGCUGACCAAAUUAUUGAGUUACCAGCAGUUCCCCCUAGUACUUACUCACAUGGUGAGAAGCAAAAACUAGUUUCAGAACAUGUACAAAGGCUAAUAGAUAACUUGAAUUCUUCGGACUCAAGUGUUAGCUCAAAUGGUAUACCUUUAAAUUCUCGGGCUGAUGAUAGAGUUGUAAUAAGUGAGCCAGAACCUUCAGGUUUUGGGAAUAUUGGCUGUGAGGAAAUUCAGAAUUUAGGUAAUAAUUCCAAAACUCUUAAAGAAAUCCGGACACUCUUAAUGGAGGCAGAAAACAUAGCAUUGAAACGGUGCAAUUUUCCUGCUCCCCUUGUCCCUUUCAGAGAUGUUAGUGAUAUUUCAUUUAUACAAUCUAAGAAGGUGGUUUGUUUCAAAGAACCCUCUGCAACUGAUAUAUCUAAUGGUGAUCUGCUUCAGAGACAGCCAUUCAUAGAGGAAAGCUCAAGCAACAGGUGUGUACAAAAGGAUAUUGGCACACAGACAAAUUUGAAAUGCCAGGGAGGCAUUGAAAAUUGGCAGUUUUUUAGUUCAACUACAGUAAGAAGUCCUCUACAGAAAGCGGAAAGCAGAGCAGGAGUGGUGUUGGAUGAAACUCUUAGGCAGUAUGAAGCAGCCAAAUACGUCAUGAGGUCUGAACCUGAAGGGUGUAGUGGAACCAUUGGCAAUAAAAUUAUUAUUCCUAUGAUGACUAUCAUAAAAAGCGAUUCAAGUAGUGAUGCUAGUGAUGUACAUGGUUCCUACUCAUGGGACAGUAAUCUACCAGAGUCUUUGGAGUCAGUUUCUGAUGUUCUUCUAAACUUUUUUCCAUAUGCUUCACCCAAGACAAGCAUAGCUGAUAGCAGAGAGGAAGAGGGUGUGUCAGACAGUGAGGAUGGUGGUGGUAGCAGUGUAGAUUCAUUGGCAGCACAUGUGAAAAAUCUUCUGAAAUGUGAAUCUUCAUUGAAUCAUGCUAAACAAAUACUCAGAGAUGCAGAGGAAGAGGAAUGUCGAGUACGAGCACGAGCCUGGAAUCUGAAGUUUAAUUUAGCACACGAAUGUGGAUACUCCAUUUCAGAAUUAAACGAAGAUGACAGGAGGAAAGUAGAAGAGAUCAAGGCAAAGUUGUUUAGUCAUGGGAGAACUGACUUGUCCAAGGGUUUACAGAGUCCACAGGGAAUAGGAUGCACACCAGAGGCUGUAUGUAGUCACAUCAUUAUCGAGAGCCACGAAAAAGGAUGUUUCAGGACGCUAACUGCUGAACAGCCACAACCUGACAGCCAUCCUUGUGCUUCCCGACCUGCUGAGCCCUCAGCAAUGAUCAGAGGACAGCAGAGCCCGUCGUCGUGGAGAGCCAGGCACAUCAACUUUUCUAAAUCACUGGACCAGAACAACCCCCAUUUCAAAGUUUGGAAUUCUUUGCAGUUACAGAGUCAUUCCCCAUUUCAAAACCUUAUGUCUGAUGACUUCAAAAUUAGCAAGGGUCUUCGAAUGCCUUUCCAUGAAAAGAUGGACCCUUGGUUGUCAGAAUUAGUAGAACCUCCUUGUGUGCCACCUGACGAAGUGGAUUUUCAUUCUUCAUCACAAAUGUCGCCCCCAGAACCCAUGAAAAAGUUUACUACCUCCAUCACUUUUUCAUCUCACCGACAUUCUAAGUGCAUUUCAGAUUCCUCUGUUCUUAAGGUUGGUGUUAAUGAAGGUAGCCAGUAUACUGGAGCAUCUGUGGGGGUAUUUAAUUCUCAUGUCACUGAAGAGCAAAAUCCUCCUAGAGAUCUAAAACAGGAAGCCUCUUCCCCUUCAUCAUUUAAAAAGCUUAGUCAUUCACCAGAUAAAAAAAUGACUAUUUUAGCAGAAGGCAGUAGUAGGGAANAAACACUACCUGUUGAUUUUGAGCAUUCUCAUCAAGAAGAAAAACUCUUAGAAAGAUCAGAUUUUAAAGUCAGUCAUUCUGAGCCCAAUACUAGUACAAAUUACAGCAAUUUCAAGGAAGUACAAUUUUCUGAUAACUGUGCCCCCAUUAGCAUGAGCAGACCAAGUUCCACACUAGGAGUUAAAACGAAGAAUGUAACUGUAACUCCAGAUCUUCCUUCGCACAUUUUUCUUGAGAAACAAGAGCUGUUUGAACAGAGCAAAGUCCCACAUGCAGAUCACCAUGUAAGAAAACACCAUUCUCCCCUUCCUCACCAUCAGGAUUGUGUAGCUCCACACCUUUGUUCUUGUUUUAUUUUUAAACAACGAGAACUCAUUGAACAAUGCAAAGUCCCGUAUGUAGAUUUUCACAUGAGAGAAUGUCAUUCUCUUCCUCCUCAAGGUCAGGAUUAUAUAGCUUCAGACCUUCCUUCUCCCAUUUUUCUUAAACCUCAAAGCAAAGUCCCAGGUAUAGAUGACCACAUGAGAAAACAUAAUUUUCCCUUUCCCCAAGGUCAGGACUGUAUAGUAGAAAAGAAUAAUCAACAUAAGCUUAAAUCACACAUUUCUAAUAUAACUGUUGAAGCCAAGUUUGAUAAUGUGAUCUCCCAGUCAGCCCCAAAUCAGUGUACAUUAGAAACAUCUGCAUCUACUCCACCUUCAAAUAGAAAAGCACUCUCUUGUGUUCGUAUAACUCUCUGUCCCAAGACUCCUUCCAAGUUGGAUAGUGGAAUCUUAGAUAAAAGAUUGCAUUCAUUGGAUCCUGCUACUAAAACAAGGAUGAAUAGUGAGUUUAACUCUGACCUACAAACUCUAUCUUCGAGAUCAUUGGAACCAACCUCCAAAUUAUUGACCAGUAAACCUAUAGCACAGGAUCAAGAAUCUUUAGGUUUUAUAGGACUUAAAUCUUCACUGGACUUCCAAGUCGUACAGUCUCCUCUUCCAGAUAGUAAUAAUAUUACGCAGGACUUGAAAACUUUACCUUCUCAGAAUAGCCAGAUAGUAACCUCAAGGCAAAUACAAGUGAACAUUUCAGAUUUGGAAGGAUAUUCCAUUCCAGAGGGGACUCCAGUAUCUGCAGAUCGAUCACCAGAGAAAAUUAAGACACCUCUUUCUGCUCCUCCUGGAAAAUUAUCAUCUGACGCUGUCACUCAGAUAACAACUGAAGGUCCAGAAAAGACCAUGUUUUCCUCUGAGAUUUUUGUUAAUGCUGAAGAUCAUGGACAUGGAACUCUAGAGCCCAGUAGCCAGAAGCUACCCAAAGUUCCUGUCAAGUUUGCUUCAGCAUCUUCAGUCCAACAGAUGACUCCUCCUCGUGGCACCAGUGCGCAGCCAUUAUUGGUGCCAUAUAAACCUCCUGGUAGUACGAGUAUGUACUAUGUUCCACAAUUAAAACAAGUUCCUUCAGCUCCGGAAUCCAAAUCAGAUACCACCAUUGAGAGCUCGCAUUCAGGAUCCAAUGAUGCUAUUGCUCCAGACUUCCCAGCUCAGGUGCUAGGCACGAGAGACGAUGACCUGUCAGCCACUGUUAACAUCAAACAUAAAGAAGGGAUCUACAGUAAGAGGGCGAUGAUUAAGCCAUCCUCACUACUGGGGAAAAAGCCCUUUCAGGAAGAUUAUCCAGAUGCCCCAGGUCAAGUGCCCAUCAGUAGGGAUGAGGACCUCUCAAAGAAAAAUCAGAAAGAGGAGAUCAUCGGUAAAAAGGCAGUGACUAAGGUUGCCCAACCCGAAGAAAUGGGACCCUUGCAGAAAGACACUACAGUUCCCAGUGAUGCUGCUACUGCAGAGCAUUCAACUCGCACACAAGACUCAAAGGCUGAAAAUCUACCAGACACUAAAAGCACUAAACAGAAAGAGGAGAUCCAUAGUAAGAGAACAGUACCUAAGGAGGCCUGGCCAAAAGAUAAAGAAUCCUUACAGAUAGAUAUUUCAGAGUCUGAAUGUCAUUCAGAAUUCGAAAAUACUACUCAUUCUGUCUUCAAGUCCGCCAAAUUUUACUUUCAUCAUCCAGUGCAUCUACCAAAUGAUCAAGAUGUUUGCCAUGAAUCUUUGGGAAGGAGUGUUUUUGUGAGGCAUUCUUGGAGAGAUUUCUUUCAGCACCAUCAAGAGAAGCAUACUUGUCUUCCUCCUCCUUAUCAAAAUGUGGACCAGACUACAACAGAUUAUACCAGAGUAAAGAGCCUCAGCAUCAAUGUGAAUUUGGGAAACAAAGAAGUGAUGCACACUACUAAAAGUCAAGCUAGAGAUUUUCUAAAGAGUAGCAGACAAGGUAAUGAGUCAAAGAGAGAUCAUAAGGUCACCCCAGAGACAGCAACUCAGCACACCACAAGUUUGAAUGAACUCUGGAACAGGUAUCAGGAGCGACAGAAGCAACAGAAACCACGUGAGUUCAGUGAUAGAAAAGAACUAUCCUUGGUGGACCGAUUGGAUCGUUUGGCUAAAUUACUUCAGAAUCCCAUCACACAUUCUCUCCAGGCCUCAGAAAGUACACACGAUGAUAGCAGAGGAGAACGAGAUGUAAAGGAAUGGGGUGGUAGACAACAACUGCAGAAGAACAAGUUUCAGAGAAAGAAGCGAUAUAAAAGCCUAGAGAGAAACUAUAAAAGCAUAGGCGAUCUUAAAAAAAGCAAGGUGCUUCCUACUCAAAAAGCUGGGAGAUCCAAUCAGAUUAAAAUUGAACAGAUUAAAUUCGAUAAAUAUAUUCUGAGAAAACAUCCAGGUUUUAAUUAUAUAAGCAACACUUCUUCGGAUUCUAGACCCUCAGAGGAAAGUGAACUGUUCACAGACACUCCCACCAACAUCCUUUCCACAACCACUUCUCCCGUUGAAUCGGAUAUAUUGACGCAGACAGAUAAAGAAGUGGCUUUGCACGAAAGGAGUAGCUCUAUUUCCACCAUUGACACUGCCCGACUGAUUCAAGCUUUUGGCCAUGAAAGAGUAUGUUUGUCACCCAGGCGAAUUAAAUUAUAUAGCAGCAUCACUGACCAACAGAGGAGAUACUUGGAGAAGCGGAGCAAGCACACCAAGAAAGCAUUGAAUUUAGGUCAUCCCCUAAUGACUUCUGAGCACACCAGAAGGAGACACAUCCAGGUGGCAAGCCAUAUGGAUUCUUCUGACUCAGUUGCAUCUUCUGCCAGUAGUUUCUUGAGCUCAAACUCUACUCUUUGCAUCAAGCACAAAGUGCACAUGCUAAACAAGGGUGUACAAGCAGGUAAAUUGGAGAUCGUGAAUGGUGCCAAAAGGCACACCCGAGAUGUUGGAAUGACUUUCCCAACUCCAAGUUCUAGCGAGGCUAGGUUAGAAGAGGACAGUGAUGUGACUUCUUGGACAGAAGAAAAAAUUGAAGAGAAAAUACUCUUUACCAGUUAUCCUGGGGACAAAAAGUUAAAGAAGAACAAACAGAAUUCCUGUGAAGGAGUCUCGUGGUUUGUUCCUGUGGAAAAUGUGAAGUCUGGAUCUAAGAAGGAAAACCUGCCCAAGAUCUUUGGCCCUGGCAUCUCCUGGUUUGAACCAAUAACUAAAACCAAACCCUGGAGGGAGCCACUGCGAGAACAGAACCAGCAAGCGCAGCCUGUGGACAGCCAAGGGUCACUGGCAGGCCUGGACAGAGAUGGCAGAGGUCCACUGAGGCCAUUUGUGAGAGCAACCCUUCAGGAAUCACUUAAGCUUCAUAGACCUGACUUCAUCUCUCGCUCUGGGGAGCGGAUAAAGCGCCUGAAGUUAAUAGUCCAGGAGAGAAAGCUGCAGAACAUGCUUCAGAGCGAGCGGGAUGCGCUGUUCAACACUGCGAGAGAUUGGCAGGGCAGCCAGAAUCCCAUGUCCCCGCUGCCCAAGAGAGUCUUCCUGACUGUCCAGAAGAACAAGCCUAUUGGAAAGAAGGAAAUGAUUCAGAGGUCUAAACGGAUUUACGAGCAGCUUCCAGAAGUACAGAAAAAGAAAGCAGAGGAGAAGAGGAGGUCAGAAUAUAAGUCAUACCGGCUCCGGGCCCAGCUCUAUAAAAAGAAACUGACCAAUCAACUCUUGGGGAGAAAAGUUCCCUGGGACUGACAUAAGAUUAUUUUCCUCAGAGCCUUGGAAUUAUAUUUUAUGAACCUGAAGAAAGAAGCAUAAUUCUUACUUUUAUGAGUCUGGUUUAAUAAAGCUUAUUCCUUGUCCUUGUGUAAUUUAGAAAUAGUAAAUUCUAGAGAGUCUGGGACAAAGGGACCUAAGGUUACUAAUAGUUUGGGACCAGUACUUCCUCUACAGUGGCCUUUUCCAUAUGUGUGUUACAAUGAUUUUCUUUCUUAAUUCUAGUCAGGGGUGAGUCCCUUUUUGUAUAUGUUUUUAUACUUUCAGAAAAUAAAUGAACUUUUAAUUGACUCGUAGUCCAAGCAAUCAACGGAGGGUCAUUUCUUUCCCAUCUAGAGAGGAGCCCAGAGUUAUACAGUGUCUCCCCUCAGACGUCUAAACCCAUCAGUCAAGGAAAAUGGGCUCUCAGGAUGAAACGUGGCCUCUCUCUAGAAGCAUAGCAGUGUGUGGGAGCCUUGUAGGCUUGGCAGAGAGGGUAUCAGGUUAGGGUACCUGUUAAACUCACUCAGAGACUCCCAGAAGACCCAGGCAGACAUAGACACCAUGGGUCCAGAGACUGCUCUCCACCUCCUCCCAAUAACCCCAGGGAUUGGCCACAUAGGCUUAGAAGAAAGGCUUCUAGCCUUCUUUGAUGGAUUUUCCUCUGUCUACCCUCUUGUUUUCAAGAUUAAAGCCUCAGACUGUUCAUCGUCACACAUGAAACCAACAUUU